AUGUCAGGAACUGAGACUGGUAAUAGUAACGAAAAACGCGCUGGCCAUUGGGGACCACGUCAACCCCCAAAUCUUGAUCCUAAUCAUGAGUGGGCUGCACUUCGCCGUCGUUACGAAUGGAAUGACUCUUAUGAUGAAGGCGUUGCACCAAGAGAUGAACUGUUGGAAGCAGAACUUUUUGGGGAAGACAACCACGUACACACUGGUAUUAAUUUCACGAAAUAUGAUAGCAUAAAAGUGUCUGUUAAGGGCAAAAAUAUAAAACCCAUAUCCACGUUUGAAGAAGCAAAUCUUCACCCAGCUAUGAAAGAGAACGUCCGAUUGGCACGAUAUCAAGUUCCUACACCAGUUCAGACGGCAGCUUUCCUUAUUCCAAUAUUAUCUAAGCUGUUUGGAAAAGCGAAAAAGCUUGCAGCACCCCGACCCGCCCCUGGCACACGUAGGUAUAAAGCCGAACCAUUAGUCCUGAUCCUUGCACCUACACGUGAGUUGGCCACUCAAAUUUUUGAUGAAUGCCGUCGAUUUACCUAUAGGAGUAUGAUGAGGCCAUGUGUGGUCUAUGGAGGUGCAGAGACUACUCCUCAAAAGAAUGAAUUGGCAAAAGGUUGCGACGUGCUGACAGCUACCCCAGGUCGUUUGGCUGAUUUCUUGGAGAGAGGUCUCAUCAGUCUUCGCAGGGUCAAAUUUUUAGUUCUUGAUGAAGCUGAUCGAAUGUUAGAUAUGGGAUUCGAAAAAAAAAUUAGGGAAAUUGUUCAGAAAUCAGAUUUCUCCAAAAUAGAUAUCUUGGAUGAUGGCACACGACAAACGCUGAUGUUUUCGGCCACAUUUCCCAAGUCCAUCCGAUCUCUUGCUCGAGAUUUUUUAGCUAAUAGUUAUGUAUUUCUUACCGUCGGCCGUGUUGGUGGGACCACGAGUGAUAUAACUCAAAAGAUUAUGUAUGUAGAAGAUCAUAAAAAACGGGAUUCACUUGUCGCUCUUUUGUUGAAACAACCUCCUUCACGAACCUUGGUUUUCGUAAAAUCUAAACGUGGUGCAGAUUCGCUUGAUGAUUUCUUGUAUUCACAGAAUUUCCCAACCACAAGUAUUCAUGGUGAUCGUACACAACAAGAACGUGAAGAUGCGUUAAUAUCUUUCAAGAAUGGUCGAUGUCCCAUCCUAAUUGCUACAGCUGUUGCAGCUCGUGGGCUUGAUAUCAAAAAUGUAAUGCAUGUUAUUAAUUAUGACCUUUGCGAUGAUAUCGAUGAAUAUGUUCAUCGUAUUGGAAGAACUGCACGUGUUGGAAAUCAAGGGUUGGCUACUACUUUUUACAAUAAUGGAGAUUCAGCUAUUGCUGGAGACUUAGUAAGAAUUUUACUGGAAUGUAAGCAAGAAGUUCCCGAUUUCUUAAAAGAACAUGCAGGAAAUGUAGAGCUUCGGUUUGAUGAAGAAGAAGAUGAUGAUGAUGAACAAGGCAAUAAUCAGUCGAAUAGCGGUUUUGACGGAAAUACACAAAAAAGUAGUGGAUAUUCCUCGUGGGAUAAUAACCAGAAACCUUGGGAUAAGGGCGGCCAGAGGCAAUGGGAUAAUAGCGGCCAGAAACAAUGGAAUAAUAACGACCAAGGGCAACGGAACAACAAUAACCAGAGGCAUUGGGACAAUAAUAACCAGCAAUCCUGGGGAAACCAACAACAAGAUUCGACCUGGGGAGAUAAUCAAAACCAGUCUUUAAAACCGCAGUCUCAAACAACUUCAUCAACGGUUGCUAGUAACGAUAACUGGCCAAAUCCGCCCACUGCUCAGCCUACAUAUCAGUAUCAAUCUAUGCCUUAUACACAACCUAAUCAAACUCAAUAUGCAACAUCUACAUAUAAUCAGCCAAUUCCUUCACAAUCUCCGUAUGUCGGAGCACAACAACCAAUAGUGAACCUUCCAAGGAGUAACAGUAAUAACAAUGAUGAUGGUUCACCAUCUCGUCCUCGUUCAAAAUCUCCAAAACAACAAAGGAAUCAACGACGGACUCGCAAUAAUGGUAAUUGGCAGCAGGAUGAUAGCACCGGAAAUCGUAAUACAAAUCAAACUAGUUCAGAUGGUUGGGGUAAUGAUGCUACUCGAGAUGCGCCAAAAAAAGACUGGGAUCCAAAUAACGUUCCUUGGCAAUAA